AGGUUCGGGUUCGAACCUAGGUUCUGGACCGAACUGCGGCAGCACUACACUGAUGAGGCUCGGACAUCGGACCAUUACUUACCCUGAGCCUCAGCAUCUUUGAGUAUAAAUACGUUGCCUUUAUCCCCAGUGUAUGUUCAGCUAAUUAACCGCAAUGAAAGCCUCAGGCUCAAUCCCUUUCUUUGCUCUAUUUGUCGCUUUUACAAGAGCCUUGACCUCAACUCCCCAGGUCAAACUCGGAGACGUCCCUUCAGCAGGGUGCCUCGACUCAAGACUUGCAGUUGAUUUUCUGAGAGCUUACCAGCCAAAAUAUGUGGAUCACUUUUAUACCACUAAUGCCAGUGAGACAAACAAUGCCGUCUUCUUCCUUGGGUACAGCGGCGAGGGAGUUGCUGCAUAUGUCUUUCCAUGGUAUCUCCCCCCAGACCGUCGGCCUUCCACUGUCCCAUUAUAUCGCAUGUACAACCCCAAAGUCAUUGACCAUUUUUACACCACUUCAUAUUCUGAGGUGCAGAGCGCUAAAAGCCUUGGUUACGAUUACGAGGAGAUUUCUGCAUAUGUCUAUAACACAAACAUAUGCGGAAGCGUUGCCUUGUAUCGCCUCUACAGCUCCAGUGGUACCGACCACUUUUACACCACAUCCGCGUCGGAGGCGAGCAACGCUGUUGCUAAGUUGGGUUAUACCGAAGAGGGUAUCGUGUGUUAUGUGCUUCCUGUUCCACCUUGGCCUUAUCCUGACUUAAUUCUGUCAUGAGCUCUGUAACUUUGGAUUUAUUUUCCUUCUUUGUAGUUCAGUAGUAUUUGCAUGUUUCGCUCUCUCCUUUCUUGGUUUUGUGCUCGUCGAGUCGUCUGUUCGUGAUAGGUAUAGCCUACACUGGCAUAUGUGUAUUCUCGUACGUUCUAACAUUUGUUUGAUAGCUGU